UCGAGUGCUCUGAGACAUCUACAGGUCUUUAAAAUGCUUGGAAAUGGAGAUAGCUUUGGUGAGUUUUGAGAAAAUGGGUGAUGGAGGCAGUGAUGGAGAAACCUACCGAAACCAAAAUUCCUUGGAUCAUCCACUGUUGGUCCACAACAAAGAACUGUACAAGAGAAGUGCAGAACAGAGCUCGUGGAAGAUGAACGACAUGAACACCUCCAGUGAGAAUACUCUGGAUUAUUACAGUCCGCAUCUGUUUGACGAGGAUAUUCGGGACUUGGAUCUUGACCAUGAAAGCAACGAGCGAGUUCUCAUCAAUAUCGCCGGACUGAGGUUCGAGACCCAGUUGGGCACCCUCAACCAGUUCCCCGACACUUUACUCGGAGAUCCCGACAAGAGAAUCAAGUAUUUCGACCCCCUCAGGAACGAGUAUUUCUUCGAUCGAAACCGACCCAGUUUUGACGGAAUUCUCUAUUUUUAUCAGUCCGGCGGGAAAAUCCGGCGACCCGUCAACGUGUCGAUCGACGUGUUCGCAGACGAAAUCCGAUUUUACCAGCUCGGCGAAGAAGCGAUGGACCGUUUCCGCGAGGACGAGGGUUUUAUCAAAGAAGAAGAGAAACCUUUGCCCCAGAACGAGUUUCAGAAGCAAGUAUGGCUCAUUUUUGAGUAUCCCGAAAGCUCCAGUCCCGCUCGGGGCAUCGCCAUCGUCUCCGUACUCGUCAUCACUAUCUCAAUCGUCACCUUCUGUCUGGAAACUUUGCCCGAGUUUCGUGACGAGCGCGAGCUGCCGGUGACGAGUCGCGCGAUCAAUGGCACUCAAGAUCGCUCGUCGCUCACUUUCAGCGACCCAUUCUUCAUUAUCGAGACCACUUGCGUCAUCUGGUUCACCUUUGAGCUUUUCGUGCGGUUCUUCGCCUGUCCCAGCAAGUCCGAGUUUUCCAAAACUAUCAUGAACAUCAUCGACAUCAUGUCCAUCAUGCCUUACUUCAUCACUCUGGGCACGGAGCUGGCGGAGCAGCAGGGACAGGAGCACAACAACGGGCAGCAAGCCAUGUCGCUGGCCAUCCUGAGGGUCAUCCGUUUGGUGCGUGUGUUCCGCAUCUUCAAGCUCUCCAGACACUCCAAGGGGCUCCAGAUCUUGGGUCAGACUCUCAAAGCCAGCAUGCGCGAGCUCGGCCUGUUGAUCUUCUUUCUUUUCAUCGGCGUCAUCUUGUUUUCCAGUGCCGUCUACUUCGCGGAGGCUGACGAACCCGAGUCGCACUUCUCCAGCAUCCCAGACGCCUUCUGGUGGGCGGUGGUCACCAUGACAACCGUAGGCUACGGCGACAUGAGGCCGGUGACGGUGGGGGGCAAGAUCGUGGGCUCUCUCUGCGCGAUCGCAGGGGUGUUGACCAUUGCCCUACCGGUGCCCGUCAUCGUGUCCAACUUUAACUAUUUCUAUCACCGGGAAACCGACCAAGACCAGGCGUCCCUCAGAGACGAGCCCAACCCCGCGAACCAAUGCGAUGAGCUUCAGGUGCUGAGGAACUCAAGAGAUGGAGAACACAAGGAGGAUACGAACACGCCCAUGGAGAAGACUAGCGUUAAAGCCAACAGCAGAAUGGACAUUAAGCGCUCUCUUUAUACAUUUUGCCUGGACGCAAGAGAAACAGACCUGUAGAUCAUGCACAGUCCCGGGAUCACUAAUGGACUCACUGUUUUAAAGCACAUGUCAAUCCUUUGGUCUCUCAGGAAUUUGGGAAACAUAGAUGUAUAAUGAUUUAUUUCUAAUAGAAAGUUGUCUUUGUGGGGAUGCUAUCACAGCAUCUCAGGCCUUAACUCGUGCCCCAUCACUCCCUCUCAUGUGAAAAGCCAAAUUAGGGAUACUUUUUGAAAGAUCUGUACACAGGCUAUAUCUGUACUUUAGUAACACUUUAUGUGAGUUUUGUGACUAUCGCUAUCAUUUCACAAUUCAUUGUUGUAUUAGCAAUAUAUAUUCACUCUCAUUUUUCAAACUGAUUGGUGUAAGAAAUUAAAUGAGGACAUUUAAAGUGUUUUCCUGCUGGAUUACAAAUGUGGACCUACAACACAAUUUCAUGGAUUCAAGCAAAAAGUGUGCGUGUACAGGAGAAAGACACCACAACACUGGAGAAACCAGAAACGGAGAUCCACUCAGU